ACGUAGACACCAUAUAUAUACACACACAAACACAAACGACGCACAGACGCUGACGCUAACGUUGACGGCGACAGCGCACGCUCGACGUCGGCAGCACCACCGUAAAGCAACUGGCGAAGCUUCACGGAGAAUAAUUCCGUGGCAAACGUUUCAAAGCAGUGGACGCGUGCAGCGGACGAAAAUAAAGCGGCCGAGACAAAAAGUAUUUAAAAAAGAAACAAAAUCAACUAAAAGCGAAAAUCGCAAACAAAAAAAAAAAACAAAAUUUAAAUAAAAAAUAAAGCAAACAAAGACAAUAAACUCGCACAAAACUAGCAGAAAACAAGGCGGCCAAAAAAAAUAGCAAAGAAAAGAAAAAAAACGCGAGCUAAACGCGCGUGCACAAAAAUACAAGUUUCUGUAAUAAAUAUAUAUAUAUAUUUUUUUGGGUGCCAGUGCCUGUGACUGCCUUUUAGCGACUGCCAAACUAAAGAAACUGCUAGUGCAACAGCCAAGAGCUAAACCAAAGUCAAAAGGAACAGCAAUUACAACGACAUGGACCAAGAGCAGCAGCUGAAUGGCGCGAUGCGCAGCGUUUCUAUAAAUAGCAACGGACUAGCCACAAAACUGAAUGGCCACAAUGGCUGCAAAGGCAACGACGAAACGGACAAUGUAAGAGUGUUGCCAGCGGCGACGGCGGCGACUGGCGGCAGCUUCACUAUUGGCAGCGACACUAGUAAAGCGACAAAUGCAGCGAACUCGGCGACUGCGGCGACAGCGAAUGCAAAUGCAAUUCAAAUACAAACAUCAGCAGCUGGUGCGAGUGCAGCGGACAAAAAGAAAAUGGUGCACGAGUUAUGUCAGCAGCUGUUGCUAACCGAUGAGCAGGUGCAGGAGCUGUGCUAUCGCAUAUUGCACGAGGUGAGGCGCGGCCUGGCCAAGGAUACGCAUCCCAAGGCCAAUGUGAAAUGUUUCGUUACAUACGUCCAGGAUCUGCCUAAUGGCAAUGAGCGCGGCAAGUUCCUGGCCCUCGAUUUGGGCGGCACCAAUUUCCGUGUGCUGCUCAUCCACCUGCAGGAGAACAAUGACUUCCAAAUGGAGUCGCGCAUCUAUGCGAUACCGCAGCACAUCAUGAUCGGAUCAGGCCGCCAGCUGUUCGAUCAUAUUGCCGAAUGUCUAUCCAAUUUUAUGGCCGAGCAUAAUGUGUAUUCAGAGCGUUUGCCUUUGGGAUUCACAUUCUCGUUCCCGUUGCGCCAACUGGGCCUAACCAAGGGCCUGCUCGAGACCUGGACGAAGGGCUUCGACUGUGCCGGUGUUGUCGACCAGGAUGUGGUCCAGCUGCUCAAGGAUGCGAUCGCGCGACGCGGCGACGUACAGAUCGAUGUCUGUGCCAUACUUAACGAUACGACGGGCACUCUGAUGAGCUGCGCCUGGAAGAAUCACAAUUGCAAGAUCGGCCUCAUUGUCGGCACCGGCUCCAAUGCGUGCUACGUGGAGAAGGUUGAGGAAGCUGAACUCUUCGAUAUGCCCGAUAAUCACAAGCCGCACGUUCUGAUCAACACGGAGUGGGGAGCAUUCGGUGACAAUGGAGCUCUCGACUUUGUGCGCACCGAAUUCGACAAUGACAUCGAUAGCCACAGCAUCAAUCCCGGCAAGCAGACGUUCGAGAAGAUGAUCUCGGGCAUGUAUAUGGGCGAGCUAGUGCGUCUGGUGCUAGCCAAGAUGACACUGAAUGGCGUCCUCUUCAAUGGUCAAGGAUCGGAGGUUCUCUUCACUCGCGGCCUCUUCUUCACCAAGUAUGUGAGUGAAAUUGAAGCCGAUGAGCCCGGAACAUUCACCAACUGCCGCCUGGUACUGGAGGAGCUGGGCCUCUCCAAUGCCACCGAUGGCGAUUGCGCCAAUGUACGCUACAUAUGCGAGUGCGUCUCGAAGCGUGCUGCCCAUCUCGUCUCGGCGGGUAUUGCCACCCUGAUCAACAAAAUGGAUGAGCCACAUGUGACGGUCGGUGUUGAUGGCAGCGUCUAUCGUUUCCAUCCCAAGUUCCAUAAUCUGAUGGUUGAGAAGAUAACGCAGCUGAUUAAGCCGGGCAUUAGCUUUGAUCUGAUGCUCUCCGAGGAUGGAUCUGGACGUGGUGCGGCGCUGGUUGCGGCUGUUGCCUGUCGAGAGGAUAUACUCAAUAGCAAGUAAACGGUUGGCAAUCACAAUCGCAAUCGUAAUUGUAAUUGUAAUCGUUAUCGUUAUCGUAAUCGGAAUCGGCGUCGCAGUUGCUAAACUUAGCAAAACCAAUCAAU